CCCCGUGCACUUCACGUGAUUCCAAUACCCUAGAGGAGGUACCCAACCAAAAGCGGAGUGAGAGGUCCGACGAUUUGCAGUCCCACGUCGGUCUUUUCGAUCGUGAGACGAAGCGGAGGAAAAGGUUGGGAGGCGAGGAGAAGUAGAAGAAUUGUAGCUCCAUGAAUUACCCUGUCCAGAAGAACACCCUCUAUGUAGGAGGGUUGCCGGAGGAGGUGAACGAGUCGAUCCUCCACUCCGCUUUCAUCCCCUUCGGGGACAUAAAGGACGUGAAGACGCCGCUGGACCAGGCAACUCAGAAGCACCGUUCCUUUGGCUUCGUCACCUUCCUCGAGCGUGAGGACGCUGCCGCCGCCAUGGACAACAUGGAUGGAGCCGAGCUCUACGGUCGCGUCCUCACUGUCAACUACGCCUUCCCCGAGCGCAUCAAGGGAGGCGAGCAAGGAUGGGCAGCACAACCCAUUUGGGCUGAUGCAGAUACCUGGUUCGAGAGGCAACAACAAGAGGAGGAAAUGAAGCGCCUCCAGGCAGAACACCAGGCCACGAUGCUUGCAGCUGAGGAGCUUCACCGUAAAAAGCUCGCGGAUGAACGAGAAGGGGAGAAAGAAGAUGAAGCGGAAGGAACCAAGUCUGAUCCAAUGGCUGCUGCCGAAGCGGAGGCCUUGAAGUAGGGCAGUUAGAAUCAUUUCCCUCGGCCGUCAAUUAUAUCAUUUAGAACCCUUCCCCUGUUUGUAAACAUAACUUCGAAGCAUUUUAAAAACUGUUUCACAAUCUCAGUUCUCCCAUGGCUACUGCAUUGUUGAUGCAUUAUCAAUCUUAAAGUAGAAACUUUUAAAGAUCUUA